CUGCAUUUGCUACAGUAAAAUAGUAUAAAGUUUUAGUCCCACAAGAAAACUCGGUAUUGCUGUAGGAAUUAUACCAGGUUUCUUGCAAUAAGAAUACGUUUACUUACUAUAGGAAUACUGGAUCGAUAAUACUUUGGAUUCUGGGAGGAAAAAUACUUUUUUUUCAGUGUACAGUGUGGAUCCGCAACUCUAUUUAGUUAUGGUAAACGCUACAGAGGCAAAAAAAAUAUAGAUAACGUGAGUAACCGAAAAACCCUAUGGUAAUUGAAAAAAUAGGUCUGUUUUAUAUAAAAGGAAGACGAAAUCUAUGACCGGUGAGUCAUAACCUUGUCAGUUUCUCAAGCACAGUACCGAUAUAAUUUCUGAUCACUUCUGUUUUUUUUCAAACUUGAAUUGAAAAUAAAGCUACAAAAAAUGGCUACAAUUAUUACGUUAUUUUUAACAUUUUUUUCAUUAUGUAUUGCUAUUCCGCUGGCAAAACACGAUCCGACCGAUGGUAGAUUCAAUUACCGAUGUUUGCAAAAUUCUACAAUAGUGAGUUACGACGCUUCAGAAUUUGAGGAAGUGAGUUUUGGGGUUUGGAGAUCAUACCCGAAGUGCAGUAAGUUUAUUGGUGCAAAUGAAAAGGCACAGUGGGAAAUAAACUUUGACGAAUGUGCUGCACCAGGAACAAGACAAAUCGACAUUAUUUUAGAAUCAUAUAGACCUGGAGAUAUGGACAGUUUAGUUUACUCUCUUAGUGUCGAUUGUGACAUUCAAGGUCGUUAAUUAACGAUAAAAAAUUACAAUAUUUAUCAGAUACAGAAAGUUAGAUAAAAAAUAUUUAAAUUUAUUAGUUUAUUAUUCAUUUAAAUUUGU